UAGUGCAAAGCGAGAGAUUGAACGUACCGCGUCUCGACGAACGAGAUAAGAAGAAAAAAAAGAGGGUGAAGAAGACAAAACGGUUCAAAAGUGCAUAGAGAAUUUAAAUCAUAUGUGAUGAUAGCGAUGCGAACAAUGGUGGUCAGCAUGACGAUUGACGUCUGCGAUGCAACGUGACCGCGGCGACAGAGCUUACGUCCGAAUCGUGAAGAAGAGGACCAUCGAUGUCGCUAAGAGGUGGAGAAGAUCGCGGUAAAGUUUUCGGCCCCGAAGAAGAGAGGGAGAAUCGAUAUUGAACGACGAUUCUAAUAAGUAGGAAGGGUGUGUAACGAUUACGGGUAGAUACCAAAGAAUCCGACGUGCACGUGGACUAGCGAUGAUGACCCUUCCGCGAAAUCAAAAGUGUACCGGUUCAUGUUACUAAAUAAGUAGUUGAUGCCGGUCAUAUAUAUUCAGAGCGUGCAGUACUUCCGGCACGCUACCUCACACUUCUGGUCAUACAUAAACAAAAGUCAAAUAAAAUAUAUGCAUAUACAUUAAAUGUAGUUAAAUCUCCGCAAGUGAUUUGUUGAAGAUGUAUCGGCGAACAUUAAUCCUGUUGUGUCUUUCGAUAACACUGUCGUAUUCGGAGUUAUUUAGUACUGAAAAAUUCAGGUUCUACGCAAAGUUCUUAAAAUUUAACACGUUAAAUGUCAAUGAGACCGGAAAUGAGCUUUGGCACGGACUUUUUAGGGAUUGUAAAAAGAAAGUGACAUUUUCUUGCAUACAAAAAAAUGCGUACACAUAUCUUGACAAUGCAUUUAUCGAAAGGGACAAUAUCACUAUUUUUGAUGGUCUUACACUUACGAAGAACAAUAUCACUUAUAAUACGUGUCCUAAGAGAGAAAAUCGUGAUGAUGUUCACGAGAAUAUCGUGGAUAUCGAUAUGGACAAUUGUAAAAAUAAAGCCGAAGAAGCAGAAAUAGAAGAUCGAAAGUUUGGUGAUGAAUCGCCACUUGAAGAGAUUACGAACGCUCUGCGGCGGAAAACGGUGAAAUUUUUAUCAACUCGUAAUUAUGAAAUUCAACUUCCGCAAUUUUUCUUUGAGGGUGCUACAAUGAAGAUAAGCCCGCGCGAGAUAGACGAGAACGGCGCACUGCUCAGGGUAGAUUUUGGAACUGAAGGUGUACAAGAACAGGGACGAAUUUUUAAAAAAAUUAAGAAAUUUAUACAAAAUAAAUUGUUAACCAGCUUUCUGGCGCUCCUUUUAAUCAUCAAGUUAAUUAAAGUGAAGUUUCUAUUCAUAAUACCAUUUCUCUUCGGUGUGGGAACUGCCAAGAAACUUUUCCUAAAAUUGCUGCUCUUCUUUAUUCCCGCAUUUGCUCACAUAUUUAAGCUUUGCUCUAGCUAUUAUUCAAACCAAGCUACCAAGUUUCAUCAUCAUCAUCAUCAGAUUGCUCAUCAUCAUCAUCACGUGCCGGUUCCAGUACCAGUCCCAACGUACUACGAUCACUCUCAUGACACUUUAGACGGUUUCACCGAUUACGCUCACCCUCACAUUCAAUAUAGGAAGGAUUUGGAAGAACUAAAGGAAUGGGGUAUCGAGCCUCAGAACGAACCCUAUGAAGAGUCCAGUCAAACCCUAACUCGCGUAGUACCAGCACCGACCUCAGUUUCGGGAGUUACGUACUCAAGCCCAUACGGAUUGGCUCAAUAUGCGCCGAACGUAAAGCCGAUCGCAUCUUCGUACUUAGACAAUUCAAUGGCGUCUAGUACCCACAACCUGGUCUAUUCCGGAUACCGACGACCCGCAGCGCAGCCAAAUUCCGCUGCUAUACUUUCGGUAAAUCCAGGCUUCGUGUCUGGUGCAAAGACACCGAUAAAGAACUCUUACGCGAUAUUUGCGCCAAACAUACGCCCGAUUCACCCAAAUCAACCCGCCCAGAGGUUUUUGACACCUGCUGCAUCUUCUCCCGUGUCGAUCUCGCGAAAGGACACAGAAGACGAGUAUUACGGCCCGAUAAUCGAUCGACUGGAGAAAAUCUUCGGACAAUUGAGAUUCUACGAGGAACCGUGCAGAGAGAUGCUUGUUUGCAGCAUGUACAAAAAUCCGGCGGGCUACUCACCGCACAGUAACCUCGUGUCAAAUGAACUUUCCAGAGAUCCGCAAGAACUCAGGCGUGAUGUAACAGGAAGUACGUCCAGUCAAAAGUUCUAUAGAUAUAUGAAUGCAGCCAGAUACGGUCAAAAUGGUGGAGAUUGCCUUAAAACGUAUCCGUGUCAUAGUAAUAUCGAAUAAAUACUUCCUAAUGUGGAAUUUGUAUCGAUUCACAUAAUCUGCAAUUAAAACGUAACGGAUGUUUGUAUGAAUACUACAGAACAUAUACAUUUGCUCAAUGAGGCCGAAGAAAUUAUAUUAGAAGCUCAGCGUCAUAACGUUGCGCAAUAUCAUAAGGAAGAUGAUAUACUGCCAUGCAUUAAUUUAUGAAUAUAUUAUGUAUGAGACGUGCGUGAAUUCAUAUGAACAUUAAUUUUCCUAUUAGAAAAAAAUUGAGGUUACAUCUAUC